CUUGCCAUGUAUACACUCGUGCAAAGUAAUCCCUGGAAAUGAAAAUUCGCUCUUCAUUUCUACUUUAUUUGCAGCAAUGAAUCGCUUCUGAAUCUGAAUUCCAGAAAUUUCAAAAUUCAAACCUCAACGUAGAGCGCCUGAGUUCCUAGUUCUGUCUUUCUUCGCCGCAUAUAUAGUCACUUCAGGGAAAUGGCUAGUUUGGCGGAAAGGCUUCAUGUUCGGUGGGAGAGAAGGCCCGUUUACAAUUUGGACGAUUCAGACGACGAAGCUGAUAUUAGGCGCGGCAAAUCUGGCCUUUCACAGGAGACAAUAGAGAGAUUUGUCAGACACGAUGCGAAAGUUGAUUCUUGUCAAGCUUGUGGUGGAGAUGAGAAUCUCUUGAACUGUGAAGCUUGUACUUACGCGUAUCAUCCAAAGUGUUUACUUCAACCCUUGGAAGCGACUUUUCCUAGAAGUUGGAGGUGCCCUGAAAGUGUGAGCCCUCUCAAUGAUAUUGACAAAAUAUUGGAUUGUGAAACACACCCAACUAUUGGUGAUGAUACUGAUGCUUCAAAACUUGGAUCAAAGCAAAUAUUUGUGAAACAGUAUGGUGUUAAGUGGAAAGGAUUCUCUUAUCAUCGCUGUGCUUGCAUGCCUGAGAAAGAGUUUGUCAAAGCUUACAAGACUCUUCCUUGUUUGAAGACUGAAGUGAACAACUUCCAUCAUCAAAUGUCAUGUAUACUGCUCGUUCUUGGAUUAUUUUUCUGUUUCAUUCCACUUUCUUCUUGUGAUCCCGGACUGGGCUGCCCCAAGACUUGGAACAGCUCUCUUUUGAACUACACAUAUCAAUUCUCCAUGGCACAGCAUCAAUUGCGCGGUGUACUGAAUGUAGUGGAUGGUUGCUCCUUUAGGGUUAGCCAAUUUGAUAUGCUGGAGGGUUCUGAUGUGCGUUGGUGGGGUGCUGUUGGAGAAGAAUUUGAGAAUCUCACCAAGGGUUUUGUGAUUUCUGAUCAGAUUUUGAACAAGACCUAUAAAAAUGAGAGUUUUGUUGUAAGUUUGAUGAAGAACAUGACAUGGGAUCAUAUCAAGGUUGUUUCCGUUUGGGAUCUGCCUACAACCUCGGGUUUUGGGCAUGUUGUACUGGGAAAUUCGACAAACUCAACUAAUUAUUUGGCUCCGUCAAGUGUGUAUGUGAAUGGGUCUGAAGUUCAGGCAAAAGGGCAACCCACAAUGUUGGAGAAUUGCAGAGUCUUGUCUGAGAAUUAUAGGAUUAGGUGGACUUUAAAUGAAGAUACAAUUGAUAUUGGAUUAGAGGCUGCAAUUCCAUUUGUUAAUUAUAUGGCAUUUGGGUGGGCAAAUCCUAAUGCUUCAUCUAAGUUUAUGUCUGGCGGUGAUGUGACAGUCACAGGUUUCAGGGAGGAUGGCAUGCCAUUUGCUGAUGAUUUUUUCAUUUCAAAGUAUAGUGAAUGCAUGAUAAAAAAGGAUGGAAAUGUUGAGGGUGUUUGUCCAGAUACUGUAUAUGAACCAUCUGAUCAAGUAUUAGUAAAUAAUACAAGGUUGGUUUAUGGUCACAGAAGGGAUGGUGUGUCGUUUAUUAGGUAUAAUAGGCCCCUUAAUUCUGUUGAUAAGAAGUAUGAUAUUGCAUUGUACCCAAAGGAUAAAAUGACAGUUAUAUGGGCAUUAGGAUUGAUAAGGCCUCCAGAUAGUCUCCGCCCUUUCUAUCUUCCACAAAACCAUGGGGGUACAUAUGGGCACUUGACCCUUAACAUUUCAGAACAUGUAAAUGAUUGCCUUGGACCUCUUGAUGCGGAUGAUAAACAAGAUCAAGAUCUUGUAAUUGCUGAUAAAAAGGAACCACUUAUUGUUACAGCAGGUCCAGCAUUAUAUUACCCCAAUCCACCAAAUCCUUCACGAGUUCUCUACAUCAACAAGAAAGAGGCACCUAUUCUCAGGGUUGAGAGGGGAGUUCCAAUAAUAUUUUCACUACAAGCUGGGCAUGAUGUGGCAUUCUAUAUUACUUCUGACCCAAUUGGUGGAAAUGCAACAUUGAGGAAUGCAUCCGAGACAAUAUAUUUUGGGGGUCCAGAUGCAGAAGGAGUUCAAGCCAGUCCUACAGAAGUGACUUGGGCACCUAACCGUAACACACCAGACCUGGUUUACUAUCAGUCUGUUUAUACACAGAAAAUGGGUUGGAAAGUUGAAGUAGUUGAUGGUGGUUUACCAGAUAUGUACAACAGCAGUGUUAUUUUGGAUGACGAACAAGUUACCCUCUUCUGGACAUUGUCAGAAAAUUCAAUAGCUAUGGCUGCUCGGGGCGAGAAAAAGAGUGGUUAUCUUGCAAUUGGGUUUGGUCGUGGAAUGGUGAAUAGCUAUGCUUAUGUGGGUUGGGUUGAUUUGGACGGAAAAGGAAGGGUAAGCACAUAUUGGAUAGAUGGAAGAGAUUCCUCUAGUAUUCAUCCAACAUAUGAGAACUUGACAAAUGUUAGAUGCAAGUCAGAAAAUGGCAUCAUAACUAUGGAGUUUACCCGUCCAUUUCUUCCAUCAUGCAUUAAAGAUGAUAGGCCAGAAUGCAAAAACAUUAUUGAGCCUACAACCCCACUCAGAGUUGUAUGGGCAAUGGGUGCUCAAUGGUCAGAGGGCCACGUAAGUGUGAGAAAUAUGCACUCUAUAACAAGCAGUAGGCCUGUUCAGGUGCUGCUUAUGCGUGGUUCUGCAGAGGCAGAGGAGGAUUUACGUCCAGUAUUAGCUGUACAUGGAUUCAUGAUGUUUCUAGCCUGGGGUAUCUUGCUUCCGGGUGGGAUUCUGGCUGCUAGAUACUUAAAACAUGUUAAGGGAGAUGGUUGGUUCCAAAUUCAUGUUUAUUUGCAGUAUUCAGGAGUAGCAAUUGUUUUCCUUGGCUUUCUUUUUGCUGUAGCUGAACUUCGGGGCUUUGCAUUCAACUCACUUCAUGUUAAGUUUGGACUUCUUGCCAUAAUACUUGUCACUGCACAACCAGUGAAUGCAUAUUUGAGACCUAAGAAGCCUUCUCCGGGUGAGGAGGUUUCAUCAAAAAGAGUUCUUUGGGAGUAUGUCCAUGUUGUCACCGGCAGAUGUGCCAUCAUUGUUGGGAUUGCUGCUCUUAUAAGUGGAAUGAAGCAUUUAGGAGACAGGUAUGAUGAUGAAGAUGUCAGUGCACUCAUCGGGGCCUUAAUUGUUUGGUUUCUAAUUGGUGCUUUGACAAUGAUAUAUUUGGAGUAUCGUCAAAGGAAGAGAAGGCGAGAUAGAGAAUUUGCAAGAAGCAAUUGGGUGUUGGGUAAUGGUGAGGAGGACGAUGUUGAUCUACUGAGUCCAAGCAGGGCUGUAGACAAAGACUUGCAAGGUUCUGAAAGAAUGGAAGUUCAACUGGAACCCUUGAAAAGAUAGAGAUACACACAGAUUUGUUGUAAAUUUUGGACUCACCACCACCAAUUUUGGCGCUUGUUAAUGGUUCAGUAUAUAGCAACCCAUCUUUAUUUUCCUAAAUCUUUGAACCCCUUUUUCAUUUCCAAAUGCUUAUUGAUGGUUUGUUGCUGCCUAAAGAUUUGGUCCUACAUCCUCUCACCCUUACCCCUAAACAAGGAAAAAGAUCACUGAAAGAAAUGCUUUUUUUACUCUUAAAGAUUGAUUAUAUGUAGACUGCACUGGUCUUUUUUCUUCAGGUUAUAUCUACAUUGGACCAAGAGCUGUUCUUGCAACCGUGCUUGAUUUGUUAGCCUUCUUCCUUUGUCCUGCUCUGCAUUUGAUGGAUCAUUAAUAUUUCCAAGUAGAAUCAAUACCAUGAAAGUAAUUGGCUAAAAAUUACUUUUUUCAUGUAA